AUGAACCAAAUUCGUCAAAACUUCCACAACGAUUCGGAAGUGGCACUGAAUCAGAUUGGUACCAGGUUGCUGAGCGCUUCUUACCAUUAUCUGAACGUGGCCUACUUCUUCGAUCGUCACGAUGUUGGUUUAGUCAACUUGUUCAAGUUCUUCGAGAAGCUCAGCGACAAAAAGAGGGAACAGGCCGAUAAAGUAAGUUGACUUAAUGCUGCUUUGUUACAGGGUUUGAUAUUAUAAUACGAAAUGAGAAGAUAAGUCUUAAAUAUAUCGAUAACAUUUGCCAGGUAACAAGUUAUUGACUAUUUUUUGAAAGGAAGUAAAGUUAAAAAGAUUUUAUGAGAAAUAAAAAUUGCAGUUCUUCCACUACCUUAACGUUCGUGGCGGCCGAGUCGUCUUUGACACCAUCAAGGAACCCGAAGUGACAGACUUUAAGAACGUCAAACACUGCUUCGACCACUCGAUCGAACUCGAAAAAUGUCUCAACUCUGAAUUUCUUCAACUCAACAAGACUGCCAGUGGAGUUAACGAUGCUCAAUUCGCUGAUUUCAUUGAUGGAUUCCUCCACGACCAAGUAAUUGACAUCGAGGAGUUGGCCAAGCACAAGACUGGGGCCAAAUUGGCCGGCCAAGGCUUCGGAGAGUUCUUCUUUGAUCAAGAGUUACAAGAAUAG